GUAUUGAGGGCGAUUUCUCUCUUGCACCAUGCGUGAAUACAAGCUAGUGGUUCUUGGUUCUGGAGGUGUUGGAAAGUCUGCUCUGACUGUACAGUUUGUUCAAGGAAUAUUUGUUGAAAAAUACGAUCCUACGAUAGAAGACUCCUACAGAAAGCAAGUUGAAGUAGAUGCGCAACAGUGUAUGCUUGAAAUCUUAGAUACUGCAGGAACAGAACAGUUUACAGCAAUGAGAGACCUAUACAUGAAAAACGGACAAGGUUUUGCAUUAGUAUAUUCCAUCACAGCACAGUCUACGUUUAAUGAUUUACAGGAUCUAAGAGAACAGAUUCUUCGAGUCAAAGACACUGAUGAUGUGCCUAUGAUUCUGGUUGGCAAUAAGUGUGACUUGGAAGAUGAAAGAGUUGUGGGAAAGGAACAAGGUCAGAACCUAGCAAGGCAAUGGAAUAAUUGUGCAUUCUUAGAGUCUUCUGCAAAAUCAAAGAUAAAUGUUAAUGAGAUCUUUUAUGACCUUGUGCGACAAAUUAACAGAAAAACUCCAGUGCCUGGAAAAGCACGCAAAAAGUCAUCAUGUCAGCUACUUUAAUACAUAGCUGUACUGUAGCUCUGAGCCAGGUCUGAAGAACUGUUGCCCAAUUCAACAGUGCCAGCAUUCCAACUUUAUUAAACCUACCAACAUCUUAAAUGGACUUUCCUGUGGUGGUACCCUUUAAGAAAUGGAUGAAAGCUACUACAUCAGUUUGCACAUUCUAAUCACUUUCCAGUGUCACGAGAGAUUUUUACUUAUAAAUAUUCUAAGUGUAUGCAACUGGUAAAACCAGAGCCUACAUCCAGUAUUACUGAUAAGAGACAUUGUUCAUCCACCAAUGUUGUACAUGUAUGAAAACUGUGUACUGUAUACUUCAACAAUCCCCACUUUCUAUUGGAGAGUACAAUAAUGUAAAUCCUAAAAGCACCACUAUUUUAGCAUAAUAAAAGAAAGUCCAAAGAGCUCCUAUAUAGACUACUCCAGAUAACUUUGCUUCAUCGGUAUUUGUAGCUUAUUGUAACUUUUUUAAAGAAAUACAGGAUCAUCAUCAUCGUAUUGUACAAAAGCGCUUUGAUUAACACAACAGCUAUAUAGUUUUUUAAUUUUAGGAAAAACCUGUGGAGACAGUGAUCUAGUCUUUAAGAGUCCUUUCAGUAUAACGUCUGACUAAAGACAUGGCCUUUAAUAUCUGUUGGGAAGGAAAUGUCCAGACUUUUCAACCUUUUAUUGUAUGUUUCCUUUUCCUUGUUUACAUAGGGAACAAUGUUUAUAGUUGUGUGUACAGUGGGGGUCUACAACAAGAAGUGUAUAUUUUAAAACGAUUUUUUAAUGAUUUAACAAUUUUUUGUAAAUCAUUUUCGGGCUUCUGCAGCUGUAGAUUCUCACUGUGAAUUCCCUUGCUUGCUCAUGCAUAAGUGUAUUUGCAAUACCAAAUAUACAGGUUUAGUACUUUUGCCUGUUAGUGAUUGUUUUACAUGUGUAACGUUUUGGUUGAGAUGUUAAAUGGUGGAAGAGUACUGUGGAUGUGAAUGUGGGAAGUAAUUUUAAUCAUGUGUAAUUGGUCACAGGGCCUAAGUUGCAGUAAUUAACUUUUUGCUGAUUUAUUUAACAAUGCCUUGUUGCUUUGUAUGCAUUAACGUUUGGGUGUAAAGAUUGUGUGUAUAUCCAACAGGGAGCCACAGUAUUUAAAUUGACCAACCUAAUGUUACAACUGCUUUGAGGUGGCCAAAUGUAAACUAAAAGCCUUAAUUAAAGUGGUGCAAUUUUGUAUGACUUAGCAUCAGUAGUUCAAUAAAUUUGGAUUGCCAUGCAAGGGCUUGCAUUACAGUUAUAUACUACUUGAAUGUUUUGUGUUUUGGUAGAGUUAGUAAAUAUCGAUUCUAGACCUCUUGCACAGUGCAGACUCAUACAUCAUAUGAUGAAAAGAAACACUUACUGCUUUGUCUUUUGACAAAUACAUGCCACAGAUACUUCUUGUAAUAGCAUCACGUGUACUAGGGCAGAAGAAUUUCUGAGUGAAACUUCAUUUACUGCUUUGGACACGGAAUAUUUGAAAUUCUAAUGUAAGACUGGCUCCCUUACAGAAAAGUGUGUUUUCAAAAGUAGACCAGCAGUGACUUUUUUGGGAAACUAAGGAUAUGUUGCCUGUUCUUUUCCUUCUUUCCAGGAAGAAUUCAUUGUUAAAAUUAAAGGAAAAAAUAUGUAUCUUGGGAGAAAACAUGAUUUUUCUGGACGAUUAAACCAUAUUUGUUUGGUUUCAGGGAAAUCUGCAGAAGAGCAUUCUUGAAGUAUUAAGUGUAGUUUUGCAGACUUCACAGUCCAACAGUAUUAACAGAUCUAAAGUGGAAUGCAUGGACUAUGGAUGAUCUCCUGAUCUUGACUGUGCUUUUGAAAACUGUCACGCCCAAAUACUUGGUACCUCUUUCUUUUUUUCUCUGGCACGGAAUUAUCAGAGCUUGUUCUAAUUCCUUCCUGCAAAAUCAAAUCAGUUUUAUCUCAGAAUUUCCCAGCCUUAGCUACUUCACUACCCAAAGUGAAUUAAAGAGGCCAUAUGAUCCAUCCUGCUGGUAUUUUUGUCACUCACUGCCAUUUUUUAAUGGAGGUAGUAUAGUCUUUCACUGUGCAGAGUUGGAAUUAAGACUGAAAUUUCUUCCCCUUUAUCAGAACAUGUGGCUGAUCCCCAUAAAUGUAUUUUGGUACACUCUGCCUUCUGAUUGGUCCACAGGGCAAGUUAGGUUUGAGCAGUGGGUGCUUUAGUGUUUUUUGUUCUUGUUGUUUUUUUUUUUUCUUUUAACCUUGAUACUGAUUAGCUUGUCAAGGAGGAAGGUAUUUUUCCUCCUUUUGCUUCUUUCACUUUCAACAUCUGCUUAUUCAGUUUUUACAAUGCUUUUAUGUCCCAGUUGUCAUUAUCUCUGUUUUUUAAUGUGGUUCUCUUCUGGGCAGCUGUACAGGUGGCAGUAGAUGGGAAAGAGAAAAUUCUUGGAUAACAUCACAGGAGGCCUUUGCUUGGUCUCAGUGUCCAACCAAAAAGUACUGAUUAUAAGGAAUGUCAGGCUUUGUACUGAAAGCUCUGUUCUGAAACAUUCUUGGUUGCUCUGUGGAGUAGUAAACAUACAAUGCCUCAGCAUUAGGAGUAGUCUGUUUUGAUCAAGCUACAGGGAAGUUAAAAAUUUAUAGAAACUCUAUGCUUUCCCAUUCAAACACUCUGCUGAAUAAGCAAAAUACUCUUUCACCAAUGCUUAGAACUCAGGCUAGACUUGCAAAAUUAAUGAAUGUUAACCCAGGUGGCAACUAAAAACCAUUAUUGUUCUCCUUGAAAGCCUUAAAGGAAAUGGUGUCCCACUUGUUAAAGGGAAGAUGCCUGGCAAAGUGAUGCAAGGUGAUGGACAUGAAGCAUAAGGGGAAAAAACAUGACAUUAUUUUCUUCCUAUCUAAGUAAUUACAGUAUGCAAAACUGUUCUUGCUGUGGAAGUGAACAUCCAGUUCCUUCCAAGAAUUGGAACUGUGUAAGCAUUUAAUUCUAGAAAAGAAUCCUGUCUGCUGAAGUUUUUUUGAGAACUUUUACUUCAGGAUAACUGUUUUCUGUACCGCACUUAAAAAGUUCACACUUGAACUACUUGUGUAGGAACAGAACACUUCUCUUAAAGCUUUGGAUAAAAGCCUGCAUAAUUCAUUUCAGAAAACUAAUGCAGUAAUUUUCCAAAUUCAGUAUUAUUAAUACAUGUGUAUUACUGCCUGUAAAGUUAGCUUAUGCUUACAGUGCGCACAAAGGUUGACUGCUUUAUUUCCUACCUAUCUGGAAUUGGUGUAUGUCAGUAUUUUAAAUGUCUGAGCUUUCUAUAGGAAAAAGUAAUGUUUAUGUCCUGAAAUACUUAAUGAAAUUGCACUCUUCCUAUUAGGACUUUUCAGUCUACAUUUAUUUCUUCUGACUUGUUGCUUAUGCCCUUCUUCAUUCUCAAAUUAUUCUGUGAAAUGAAUGUCUACUCGCCUAAGUUACAGGAAUAUUUUGAGACUGUAAGAUGUUUUCAGAAGCCCAAAUGAACGCACUGUAAACUCAAACUACUACUGCUCUUCUGCAUAAGAAAAACAUAACUUCUGGAAAAGUGUUGUAGAGAUAGAUGUUAAGUUUGUUUCAUAAUGUGUACUGAUACUGCAAUGCUAGAAAGAGGAGGUGGGAACAGAAUAUUGUUGGAAUUUUGAUUAAAGCUGUGUUUUUCGCCUGUA